AGAUACUUUCUGUGAGGUUCAAAGAAAAAGUGAGAAGAGAAGAAAGAGGUGGAUCUCAAAAACAAACAGAAUAUAGCAAUCAAUUUCAUCUUUUGCUUCGUAUUUCUUCACUACCCAUCAAUGCUUAAGAAGCUCAACAGAAUCACUAGGCUCAAUCUUGGGCAUUCUAUCUCCAUCACCGCAGCAUUUAAACAAUACUCAACCCUUCCCUUAAACCCUUAUGCAAACCCCACAGAGCCCUUAACAAAACCCCGGCUCAAGAUCCUUGUUCUUUCCCAAUACUCUCAUGUAAACUUCUCCAAUCUUGUCAAGAAUGUCAUUGCUUUGCCCUCUGUCCUCCUCACUGCCUGCCAAAGCCUCAGCAGCCCUCGCAACACAAUGCCAGAGACAACUCAGUCGCUUCCUCAUUUUCUGGAUUCCGUCUCCAAAUGCUUCUCCAUAAUUGAAAUGAGUGGUGAAAUUAGAGAAAAUGAGUUUGAUAUUGAGUCUUGCUCUAUGAGGAUGGUAUUGGAAAUUGUCUAUGAUGAACAGUUUGUCACAUUUUCUUACGGGGCUGUGUUGGGAUGGGAAGGCAUACUGCAAUUAGAUAAAUUGUAUGUGUUUAUUGAGGAGAAAAUUAAGGAUAUGAUGUUGAUUGGUAUGCUCAAGAGGUUGUUUGAAUGUGAAGUAGUGAGAAUUGAACUGGGUGGGUGUUAUUUACGAAGAGGGUUUCCUCAAGAAUCUGGCUUGUGUUCAAUUUUGAUUAAUAUUUACUUUGAUAGUUUGGAUAAAGAGAUCCAGGAUAUGCGCCUUAAAAUGAAUCAGAAUGAUCUCAAACUUGAUUUGAAUGAGCUUGUUUCCACCUCAAAUGUCUUUUAUAAGUCAGAAAAGAUAUAUGCUGUAAGGUGCUUGGAUGAGUUAUUGGUAAUAACAUCAGGGUCUAAGAUUUCAAUAUUGGACUUGAAGAACCAGAUCUUGAAAUUUUUGGAGGUGAAUUUAGAUUUGAAGGUUGAUAGAGUAAAAACAGCUGUCCAUGGUGCUGUUUCAGAGAAAAUUAACUUCUUAGGGAUGGAACUGCAAGCUGUUUCACCUUCAGUUUUGCAUCCCCCUAUGUCAGAGAAAGCAAUUAGAGCAAAGAAGAAGUAUCUCAGACAAAAGGAAGUUGGAGCUUUGGAAUUGAGAAAUGCCUGGGAGGGGAAUCGGAGGAAAUUGGAGAAAUCUUUAGGACAUGGGCAGAUGACCUGGGAUCCUUGGAAGAAUAUUGGAACUGGCAGAGGCUUCUUUCUAGAGGUGAUCUCUUUAAGGCACAUCAGGGAUCAAUUGCCCCAAGAUCUUGUUGAUGCUUAUGACAAAUUCCAAGAGCAAGUGGACAAGCAUCUGGCUCCCGUCAAAGCUAGAAAAGCCUUGGAGGAAGCAGAAAAGAAAGUAGAAGAAGAAGAAGAGAAGUAUGCUCAGAGUGCGGUGGAGGAUCUGACAAAGCUGUGUAUGAAGGUAUCUGCUCCUAUUGAUCUUUUUCAGAGGGCUGAGAAAAUGGUUGGCUUUACAAAUAAUAUGGGUUGUCCCAGGCCAAUCAGCAUACCUGUUUUGGAAGAUGCUUACAUUAUCAAGUUCUCUUGUGUUUUGACAUUAGCAAAAAAGCAUGAAUCCACCAAACGAGAAACAAUGAAACAUUACACUAAUUUGAAAGUAUCUGAUUUGGAUGGAAAUGAAGAAUUGUACUUUUCCAUGGAGAGGGAUGUUGAGAUGAUGGGUGAUAAUAAUCUUUCAGACCCAAAACCUGUGGAUGGGGCUCUUUUGUUGGCUUUGACUAGAUUGGCUUCUGGUGAGCACUUACAUUCUUGCAUUGCACAUUUCUGUGACAGACAAGAUAUAAUACUCUACAGUUUAAGAUUACUGCAAAGCAGUUUAAAUGUUAAUUCAUUGGAUGAAGCACAGUGGAUCCAGGGUAUGGGUGCAAUUCAUGAAAGCCUUAAUCAGAAAUGUCUUCCACUCUGCGCCAAUCACAUAAAUGAUUUAUGUAUGGGGAAAAUCAUCCUUCAGGAUAUUUGUGAACGUGGAUUGAGUUGUCUCUCCUUUGUAUUUUGAAUGUGAUCGAUUUUGAAUGGUAAUUCCUAAUGAUCUCAAGCAGAAUUUCUGGAGCCAUUGAUCACUUCUUUUAUUGAAAGUCAAGGCAGGUAAGUCAGCAUCCACAUUUUUCCAUUUUGGUCGAUUUUUCCUUUGUUCGAUUGGCCAUUUUGGUUGAUUUUUCUAAAGGGCUUAGGUGUAGUGAAGUAUAUUAUCCAAUAAAGUGUAGGCAUAAGU